AACUACCACGCCCACAACAACAACAACGACGCCCACAACUACAACAACUACGCCCACUACGACGACAACAACACCAACCUCGACAACACCUUCUCCUUUCGUCCCGGUGUAUACAUCGUGUACCAGCCAUAGUCAUUGUCCCCCGAACUCGAGGUGCCGUCCAAACGCUUGCUAUGGAUUUACAUGUCUGUGUGACAUAGGUUAUAUCGUAUCCCAUGAUUCGUUCUCGUGCAUAAAAGCUUCCCGCGUAGGCGAAGCCUGUCAUCCGAAGGAGACUCGAUGUAUAUCGCCCUUUUCCGGCUGUCUUGAAACCUGUCGAUGUUAUGACGCAUUCGUUCCGACACCACACGGAAGAUGCCGACUCGCCUCGACCAGUUUUGAAGGAGAACCAUGUGGAACUAUGGGGUGUGAAUAUCCUGCAAAAUGUAUAACCGGAACGUGUUCAUGCAUGCCUCCUUUCCGGUCUAUGACGGCAGACGAAUUCUGGGUUGAUCCUUUGGUUACCGUGCAGUGCCAAAAAGAGGACUUUUCUUUAUGGAAGUGUAAUGGGACGUUCAUUGAUAUCCCAGAGGAAAUGCGGACCACCACGUCAACGACAACAGAAGCGACAACAAUGGAAACAACGACAAAAACAACUGCUUCGACACCACAGUUAACAACGACAACGGAAGUCAUGACAACCACAACAACGGAAACAACAACGACAACAGAUAUCCAAACAACCGCCACCACCACCACAACAACUACACCGACAACAACAUCGUCUCAAACGACAACAACAUUAUCUGCUACAACUACAGAGCGUAUGAAGGUCAACAUAUUUGACUCCUGCACGAGACACGAAGAAUGCCCGGAUAAUUCAAGAUGUCGCCCGAACUCCUGUGAGGGAUUUGUGUGUCUGUGUGACGAGAGAUAUCUCAAGUCGGGCGACAAUACAUGGUGUAUGGCAGCCAGCCGAAUCGGAGACCAAUGUGACGCUAAGACUAAAUGUAUGUCCCCGUUCGCUGGAUGCCAGACAACAUGUAAAUGUUACGACCUAUUUGUUGCUUCUGCUGACGGUCGGUGUAAACUCUGGUCGUCUGCUUUUGUUGGGGAACCGUGUGGAGAAAAGGGGUGCGAGUUUCCCGCCAAAUGCUAUGAAGGAAUAUGCCGCUGUGUGACACCUUACCGGGAGAUGUCAACAGAGGAAUUCUGGGUAAACCCCCUUGAAACAUCACAGUGCCACAGUACCAACUUUUCUUUGGUGAUGUGCAAAGGAAAGUAUAUCGAUGUUCCCGAACCUCUACUUGGUGAAUGGCAGCAACUUGUCGAAGCAAAAAGACUAGCAGAAAUGGGCACAGCUGUAAGCCAGGAAACGACAACGGAAAUGGUAUCUACGACUCAAUAUCAAACAACUACCGCGACAACUAUGUCCUGGCUCGGAACCGGAAGUGACGUUAUUGGAACAAAUCUAAAUACCAAUCCAAACAGUCGAAAAUUGUACACUUCCUGUACCAGUCAUAGUCAGUGUCCAACAUCCGCUAGAUGUCGCCCCAACUCGUGUGACGGUUUCAUUUGUCUGUGUGAUGCAAACUACACGGCAUCAGAAGACCAAAGCUUCUGCUUUCACGCUGUAAAAGUUGGCGAUGUCUGCAACAAGAACACAGAUAAAUGUUUGUCUCCCUUUGCAAAUUGUGCCGGUACUUGUCAGUGUUAUAGUCCGUUUGUACCGACCGAUGAUGGGCGAUGCAGGCACUCUUUGGCGGCCUUUGUCGGCGAAUCAUGUGGAGGUAGAAUUGGGUGCGAGUAUCCGGCUACCUGCGAGGAUGGCUUGUGCUCGUGUCUAACACCACAUAGAAAAAUGACUGACGAGGAGGCUUGGAUUUACCCGCUACAGACCAAACAGUGUCAGGGGACAUCUUUCUCGACUAUGCUGUGCGACGGGAAGUUGAUCAAAGUUCCUGAAGAAUUGUUACCCGAGUGGGAGGACUACAUCAUGGCUUAUAGGUCAAAGUUCGGAACAACAACUCCAUCGUCUACCACAUCUACUACUGUAGAAACCACAACUUCCGGUACAACAGCGACAUCUACACUGUCAACCUCUACUGCUGGUUAUAUAUCUGACCUUUCGGAACCAUGUUCUACGCAUGGGCAGUGUCCAACAAACUCCAGGUGUCGCCCAAGGUCGUGUGAUGGUUACAUGUGUAUAUGUAAUCGAGGCUUCAUCGCUUCAGAUGACAAGAAAGCAUGUCUGAAAGCUAUUAGAGUUGGGGAACAAUGUGACCCGGAUGUUUCCAGGUGUGUUUCUCCGUUUGCCGCAUGCGCAGGAGUGUGUCGUUGCUACGAGCCCUUCAUACCAUCUUAUGACGGGAGAUGUAAAGUUAAAACAGCCAACUUCAUCGGAGAGGAUUGUGGGAGAAAAGGCUGCGACCAUCCCGGAAGUUGCGUCACCGGAACAUGUCAGUGUCGUACUCCUUAUAGGAAGAAAACUGCAGAGGAGUUUUGGUCCGACCCACUCGAAACUUCUCUCUGUAGCAGAGAAAGCGAUUCGUUAAGAGAGUGUAACGGUAUCCCCAUCGACGUCCCGGACGGACUGGUAGAGGACACUUUCUAUAGUAAUGAUACCACAUACUGGCAAGAUGAGAAAGAGUGGGGUGCGAGAAGAAACAAAACCGGACUAUCGGAUCCGGAUUCGAGUUUGUUUCCUUCGAAACUUUUUACAACCCCUCCAAGCACUGGAUUUGACGGGAAAAGUGACGGAUCACCGACUUCCGGUAAAGACGGUAACAAGCCUGGUUCACAGGUUUUAGGUAAUGAAACAGGAAAUGAAACGCCUUGGUGGAACACCGGAAAAGGGAGCGGUCAUUCGUUUAUGAAUCGGAACGAUUGGAGACAAUACUAUGAUACAGGUCCAGAUGGUUCCGAGGAUUAUUCAGGAUUGUUUCCGUUGGAUGAAGGUUGGAAAAUGUCAAGCAUUCUUGGAAGAUGCUUUACGCAUGCGCAGUGUCCUGAUCAGUCUCACUGCGGUCCAAUGGCAUGUGACGGAUAUGUCUGUCUCUGCAAUCCCGGAUAUGUCCCAUCAGAUGAUAGAACUUCUUGUCUAGCGGCGGUACUAGUAGGAGAUAUUUGCAAUCCUGCCAAUUCAAACUGCUUAUCUCCCUUUGCCGACUGUGAUGGAACCUGUUCCUGUUAUGAAAUAUUUGAAACGUCACAAGAUGGCCGCUGCAGGACGAAAACAGCCGGGUUUAUUGGUGAUCCAUGUGGCGGUAAUAUGGGUUGUGAAUUCCCUUCUACCUGUGUGGAUGGACAAUGUUCCUGUGUAGAUCCAUAUCGACGACUAACGCGAAAAGAAUUUUGGGCCGACAUUACCCGCACUAGACAGUGCCAGAGAGAGGACUUUGCACUCUAUUUAUGUGAUGGAAAACCAUUAAAAGUACCGUACGCUCUGAGGAACGAAACGGACGCAUUUGGUCGGAGAUUGGGAGGAUAUGGAGCUGACUCACAGAUUACAAACGGCGAUAAGAAUGGUCCGAAUGGUGGAACAGCUGGCUCAACUGAUGUAACAGCUGAUUUACUUGGCGGAUAUUUAACUGCUGGAAAAGCGGGUAGUUCCCCAGGCCUAGUAAAUGGUGCAGACGGAUCUAAAGGUGAAAACGUGAAUUCACGAAACGGCUCAACUGGUUCAGGCUCCAAUACUUCAGGCAGCAACACAAGUGGUUCAUUCAAUAGAGCAGAUGGGUCUAAAUAUGGAAGAAAUGGUUCAAAUGAAGGAUCAAAUGGAUCAAUGGAUAGAACGAGUGGUUCACUUACAGGCGGUGCAGUUAGUGGGCAGGCUAGUGGUAUUGGAGCGAACAGUUACGGCAAUGGAAAGUAUGGAUCUGGAGACCCAACCGGAAGUUCAGGUACAGGAUCCGGUUCAACAGAUGGUUCAGGAACAGGAACUGGAACAAGUUCAACAGGUGGUGGUAUAAGAGCGGACAGUAACGGUAAUGGGCAGUUUGGAUCUGGAGACCCAACCGGAAGUUCAGGUACAGGAUCCGGUUCAACAGGUGGUUCAGGAACAGGAACUGGAACAAGUUCAACAGGUGGUGGUAUUGGAGCGAACAGUUACGGCAAUGAAAAGUUUGGAUCUGGGGACCCAACCGGAAGUUCAGGUACAGGAUCCGGUUCAACAGAUGGUUCAGGAACUGGAACAAAUUAUUCCAGCAGUGGACACGGAGACCAAGGAAAAGGCAGGUUCCCAGUUGGACUCUACAACUACGUACCCCAGGGCGGAUUCUUUGUCAGGGAAUUUUCACCAAUCAAGGCCGACAAGAGCUACACAUUCAAGCUAUUGGAUCUUCAAAAAGACAAUCCGGAUCUCUCGGCUAUCCAUCCAUCCAUUUACAAUAUGUCUGCUAACUCGAAUGGAUCCAGUAACUUCAUAGACCCGGAUGUUAUCAAUCGGAAUCCUAACAGUACUGGUCGUGGAUCACAGCCAUUAUAUACCUCCUCUUCGUCUACAAACUCGCGGGGAGGACAUCAGGCCGACCGUACGGAGACAUUAGAUAGUGACAAGGUAAGCGGAGGAAUGUUUUCUACAUCGCCGGAUGUCGUAAAACAUACAACGCAAGGGACUAAUUUUAACACAGAUUUGGUGUCGUCCUCACGUGGUGAUUUGAAUUCAAAGGGAGAGGGUAAUCAGUACGGCAGGAACGAGUUCGACCAUAACAGGGAUCAAACAGGUGUUGACAAAGACGUUAAUAAAACGAACAGUGAGAAUCCAGGCCAGAACCCGGAUGUUUAUGAGGCAGAUAUAUCAGAAACGAUCCUGAUGUCGGGGGCUAUAGCGGGUGUGUUUCUCCUGAACAUGGUCUGCAUCAUUCUCCUCAUAACCAACAGAAGGCGAAAAAAGAGGAAAAGAGAAGAGAAAGCCAGGGAAGAUGCUAACGAACGUUCAACUUUGUCGGAGUACGAGGCGUACCAAUUAGCGUGUCCGUACGUCACACUGCCAUCCAGGCCUCGUGUGACGAUUACAUCCGGGCCGUAUGUUUCCAUGUCUACUGAGUUUAAGUCGGAAAAGUCGUCGAGUGCAUAUGUGACGUCGUCAAGUGGAGUAGAGUCUGGGUAUUCAACUCUUCCUGAGACAAGUACAGGAAGUGAGGUAGACUCACGAGGAAACUUGUUUGAUUCUCUAAGGAUUCCAAGGCCUCAUGUAAAGAAGGGUGUUAAUAAUAUAUUAGGUGAUACAGAUGUGACGUCAUCUUCCACGAUGACGUCAUCAAUUACGUCACGUAAAAGGAGUAGUACAAUGACAUAUACAACUGCAAAAGACAGUGAUAUAAAAUAUUGGUUUUGUGAAAUACCCCGACCGAUUGUGUCGUUUGCUAAACUAAAAAAUAAUGGAAGUUGGGGUACAUGGCCAAAAUCUGAGCCAAACCCAUACAUUGAAUCAGUAGCUUCUUCGACUGGUAACCAUACUUACGAGGAAAUCAUUCCUAGCAACACUAGUGAUACAUCCGUUUGAAAGACACAUCAAAGGACUAUUGAAACGAGUUCAGUUUGCUCUGCAAAAAAAUAAUUUGGAAAUAUUUUAUGUAUGUAGAAGGUGGGGAUGGAAUGGAAAGGGUAUGGGGUAUUUAUUCAAACUUUACAAAUACAUGUUUAUAUUUUUUUGUGUAAACAUUUUAAUAAACAUAUUAAUUCAAAAUAGAUAUGUAUGAAACAUAACACGUAUUGGCUUUGCUCUAGGUAAACAAGCAGCUUAUUUGGAGAAAAAAUCGAUCUUGAGUUGUUUAUAUAAACUUCAUAAUUUCAAAAUAAACAUGCUUUACAUGUUAAACUAUAUGCUAAGGCCAGUAAAGGUCACCAACAUACUCUGUAGAACAACUUGAACUAAAUGUCAAGCUGUACUCCGUAAAAUUUUAGAUUUAUUGUGCUUAGUUAAUCGGAACUUUGGAUCGCGUAGGAGUAACUCAAGGAUUAACUCAAGUAGUACACGUUAUCCACCAUUGAGGGCAUUUACACAUGUAUUAAGAAGAAAACUUACAGUUCGUAUGCACAUCUUUUGUUUCCAGAUUUUAAUGUGAUAUGAAGGUGGUGCAUGAAGCUAUACACUGCCUGAUGGAGGGUUUUGUCAGAACGCUUGAAUCUAGAAAGGCAAUUGCAUCUACUUAAUUACGUUCUUAUAACGGCAUUUUUGAUAGGCAUUAUGUUUGAGAUUAAUUAUUUAAGGAAGUUAAACUUGCACAGAAAACUAGACAUAAAUAUGGCUUUAAAAUGUGCAAUAUAUAUAUAUAUAUAUUGCUGUAUUUGUAGAAUAGAUAACGGUUGUGCAUUUGUUUUCAUUUUGUAUUCGACCCAGAUCGGAGAACAUCAGUAUUUGUUUGGUGCUACGGCUUCCGGUUAAAUCAAUAGCAAUAAAAUGGUCAUUUUUUCCGCUUAAUAUAAUUUUGAAGUACCAAUAGUAUUGUUAGUGGUUUCUUUCAUGUAUACCAUUUUAUCUGAAAUCGUAGAUUACAAAAAUACAUUAGUUGUACAAUUCUUAAUAACGGAAAUGAUUAAUGUUGGAAAUUUCUUUAGUAUGAUAUAUAAGGAGAAAAGAAUCAUCAAAAUUUCAAUAUACAUGAAGUGAAAAAAACGUAUUGACAUCUUUGUUUUGAAUUAACCUAGAAAAUGUUAAUACAAAACUGUUGAACGGUUGUAUUUUUUUCUUAAAGAUUAUCUGACUCAAAGGAUCAAGUUAACGAAAUUAUGUUUCAUAAAAUAAUCAACAAUGAAACAUAUGUGUUGCCUUAAUUUUCGUUUUAAGGAAAAUGUACCCCUAAAGUAUCUAGUGCGAAAACAAAUUUCGUUUUUACAGCUGUUUUUAAGGAGAGUUCUCUAUUUUGUGUAGACGACUCCUUUACUUUAUACUUUUGCGUUGCGUUACAUACUGAAAUAUUGUGUAAGAUGCAUCGCAAAAUGUUACAAAAAUUCAAUUUUACUGAAUCGUAUUUUUUACCUGACUGCAUAUAUUGAAGAUCAUACUGAUAAAAACAUCGACAAAUUUGGUAUAAUUCAGAUGAAAUAGUCAAAUGUUGGUAUACUUUUUAUUGUAGAACAGAUGAUAACCAGGAAAAAAAACCCACAUAGAAAACGCCGCGAUUGCUUCCGUUUUAUGACGUCAUUGCAUUGUUAUUGUCAUGUCACGUUAUUUUGCAUGUUUUAUAUCCAGAUUAAUGUGAUGUUAAUGUAAUAUUGAAUAAUAUCCAAAUAAGAUAAUACUAAAGACAUUCAUUAUCAUACCCCUUGCUAUAACUGUUUUAUUGUUGAUCAUAUGAAAUCGUGCUUUUUUUGUCAAUGUGUUCAGUUUGGGUGGAAGAAUGGACGUUAAUGUUUUAUUGUAUCAAAUUAAUUUCAGUUCCUACUAUAGAUAAUUUUGAUGAAAUGUGAAUCAACAAGUUUCAUUGAAGAGAGUUUGAUAUGUUAAUCAAAAGUACAAUCACCUUUUUUGCCGUCGCUUUGCAAUUGUGACGUCAUCGUAUUGUCCCUUAUGACGUCACAAUAAAUGACAUACUACAUAUUUUUCACAUCUAAAUUGUCAGUGAUCGUCCUAAAAUGAAUUACCUGCCUUGCCUAAAUUGGAUUAAUGUCUGAGAACACAUUAUGAGUAAAGUGUCAUAGUAUUGUAUAAAUAUGGGCAAUUCUAAUUUGGAGGUAUGUGUUUUCAAUGCACAAAGGGUAGUUUUUAGUUUUAAAGAAUGAUUCUUGUUUGUCAGUUUGUGUUGUGUAAGAAUGAAAAAGGAACUUGAUAUCAUAUUUGGCAACACUAUAAUGUAUCAUUGUUGAAUGACAAUUAUCGUCUUUAACGCAUCACAUUUCGCUAAUAGUGAACUAUUUUUAUGUCAUUAAACAUAGUUUUAAACGUCUGCUUAUUAUCGUCCACUUGCUAAAAGAACCGACACUUUUUGUGGCAUAUUGGUUAAGGACACCAGUCCAAUAGUCUAGUUUAACGUAAUUUUAUUGCAAUUUUGCAAGGUGCUUUUUAUUUCUGGCUUUCUUUUUGCAGAUAUUUGUGGCUUACGGUAACGAUUUUGAGCAUAUGACUUUAUUUGAAAGAGUUCUUGCAAUGAAUGUAAUUGUUUGAGGUGAACGAAAUCCUUAUAUGAAUGUAUCUUUUAAGUUGCAAAGAGAAUGUUAUUUAAUUUGUAUCACAUAGUAAUGUAAUACCGUCCUUUAUUUUGCAUAUCAUUUUGAGUUUUCAAAUGACAUUUUCAGUUAUUCUGCACUCUCUCUUGAAAAAAUUUAGUUGUGAACAUUGGCAAUUAUAAGCAGUAUCUUGCGUCACGAGUAAAGCAAUCAUGUAACCUCAAUGAGAUUUCCACGUCGUAACAUGUAUCCGUACAAGAAUAUCAUUUGAAAAAUGCUGUAAUUGAAUAAUCAAAGUGAUAUCUAGACAUUAGACACUUAACUAUGCAUACGUCAUGCAAUUUGAAUGAUUCUAAACGUCGAUAUCCAAUUGAGCACUUUGUAAUAAAAUUUAAUGUUUUAUA